CCAUCACCAUCCCUCGCCGCACUCCGCAAACCUCCCAUCCCUACCUGUUUCUGAGUCGAAUUCAAUCAUGGCCGGGAUCUUUGAAGGCCCUCGGAACGCUGGCACCCUUUUCCUGGGCGGAACCAAGAUCAGUGGCUCUGACAUUCGCGAUCAGAAUGUCCUGGCAACCCAGGCAAUCGCCAAUGUCGUCAAAUCCUCGUUUGGUCCGUCAGGACUCGACAAGAUGAUGGUCGAUGAUAUCGGAGACGUCACAGUCACAAAUGAUGGCGCUACAAUCCUCAGCCUCCUCGACGUCGAGCACCCCGCAGGCAAGAUCCUAGUUGACCUGGCACAGCAACAAGAUAAGGAAGUUGGAGAUGGCACUACCUCUGUUGUACUCAUCGCCGCAGAACUUUUAAGAAGAGCCAAUGAGUUGAUGAAGAACAAGAUUCAUCCCACAGUCAUCAUCACCGGCUAUCGUUUGGCUCUGAGAGAAGCGGUCAAGUACAUGCAAGAGAACAUUGCCACAAAGGUCGAGACACUAGGCCGGGAGAGUUUGAUCAACAUCGCAAAGACAUCAAUGUCCAGCAAAAUCAUCGGGGCCGAUGCAGAUUUCUUCUCCAACAUGGUCGUGGACGCUAUGCAAUCAGUCAAGUCAGUCAACAUCCAACGCAACGAAACAAAAUAUCCCGUCAAGGCGGUCAACAUCCUCAAAGCCCAUGGCAAGAGUGCCACAGAGUCGAUCCUCGUCAAGGGUUACGCUUUGAACUGCACAGUGGCGUCACAGGCCAUGAAGACCAGGAUCACCGACGCCAAGAUCGCCUGCUUGGACAUGAAUCUACAAAAGGAGAGAAUGAAACUCGGAGUUCAGAUCACCGUCGAAGACCCACAACAGCUCGAAAAGAUCAGAGAGAGAGAAUCCGGCAUCAUUCUUGAGAGAGUGGACAUGAUUCUCAAGGCUGGCGCAAACGUUGUUCUCACGACCAAGGGAAUUGAAGACCUUGUCCUCAAGAUGUUUGUCGAACGAGGUGCCAUGGCAGUCAGAAGGUGCAAGAAGGAGGAUCUUAGGCGGAUAGCCAAGGCCACCGGAGCCACUUUGAUCAGCACCCUUUCAGAUCUCAAUGGUGACGAGAAAUUUGAAAAAGAGUCGCUUGGCUACGCCGAAGAGGUGGUCCAGGAGAGGAUCUCGGAUGACGAAUGCAUUCUCGUCAAAGGCACCAAGGCGUUUUCGUCGGCUUCCAUCAUCCUGCGAGGCUCAAAUGAAUACCAACUGGACGAGAUGGAACGAUCGGUGCAUGAUUCAUUAUCGGCUGUCAAGCGCACACUCGAGUCGGGCAGUAUUGUCCCUGGAGGCGGAGCUGUCGAGACCGCUCUCCACAUUUAUUUGGAAGAAUUUGCUAUGACUGUGUCAUCUCGCGAGCAGCUGGCAAUAGGAGAAUUCUCACAGUCGCUUCUUGUGGUGCCGAAGACUCUAGCGGUCAAUGCCGCAAAGGAUUCGUCAGAUCUUGUUGCUCAGCUGCGUUUCAGACAUGCUCUAAGCCAGCGAGUACAGGAUGGGGAUGCCAAUGAGAGAGAAAAGGACAUUGCCAAGAAACGACAGUACAAAAACUAUGGUCUGGACCUGAUGCGAGGCAAAGUAGUGGACGUGGUCAAGAUGGGCGUCCUGGAGCCCAGCAUCAGCAAGGUGAAGCAGCUCAAGAGUGCGGUCGAGGCAUGUAUCGCCAUCAUGAGAAUCGACACUUUGAUCAAACUCGAUCCUCCGGAACCCCAAGACGAUGGACACGGGCAUUGAUUUACGAACCCACUCUGCACCUUGUCGAGGACUGGGGAUGCUCAGGCUGCAGCUGCAUAGCAUCACUCCCGCUCGAUGCCGUUUGUCUCGACUACAGUGGUCAAAAUGCAUGUCCUCCAGAUCGUUUCCUUGACCGGAUCGCUUUACGCCACGGUCACGUGGGCAACGGUGAACGUCAGAGACGCAGAGCGACUCCCAAAUCCAGUCACCAUCGCCUCAAGGGAAGAACCUUGGACGGACGUUACUGCGACAUCGGAGGCGCAGUGAUAUCGUGCCCAAGACCGGCAUGUCAGAUGGCUGUUGGGGAGCAAUGGCAUCUGUAAUAAACAGCCACAACUAGAUCGCGAUGAUGAUAGUGAUGGACACAUCCCAACGAAACGUGUAUAACACUGACGAUGUACUUCAGCCAAAACUUGUUAGAAUCGAAGAUGACCCUCUAUCUCUUACCAUCAUCAUCGUAACCUCCAUCGUGUAUCU